GAUUAUUACUGUAUAUAAUUAAUACUGAAUAAUUAUUAAAUAUUAUGCAGUUAAUGAUUAUUGUAAUAAUUUUUCUACACAACUCUUGUUAAUUAAAUAAAAAUUGUUAUAUAGUUAUUAAAGUUUGCUUUCAGAGAUUUUUUAUUAGUAAUUUAAGUGUAUUCAAAUAUAAUUUAUCUGCCUAUAUUACAUCUAAAUUUUUCGUCUAAAAUAAAAUAUAUUAAAAUAGUUUCAAUUAUGGAGACUGAAAAUCUUAAUCAUCAAGAUUCACUCUCUGGUCUAAGGCAGUAUUCUGAAGGCAGAAGAAAACUUUUAGAAUGGUUAAAUCAACCCAUGAAAAUUCAUCUAACAGAUGGUCGAAUUCUGAUUGGAACAUUUGUAUGCACUGAUAAAGAUGCCAAUAUUAUUCUUAGUACCUGCUAUGAGUAUUUUAAUAGAAAAGAUUUAGACACUGGAGAAUCUCGCCUUUUAGGUCUUGUUAUGAUUCCUGGCCGUCACAUAAUUUCUAUUCAUACUGAUCUUCAGCAAAAACAAGAGCAGUCUUAAAUUCUAAUUUUUAACAAACAUUGUAAAAAUUAAUAGUCAUUGUAACAUUUGUAAAAUAAAUUCUAUUCAUUUGUAUAUAUUGUUGAUAUAUAAUAAACUCGUCAAUGAUAGAAAA